AUGUUCCUAAUUGAGAUGACAGAUGGUUUGAAAUUGGGGAUAUUCUUAAAUUUUGUCAUAUUCUUAUUCCUUGUGGUGAACAAAAUUCUCCAGUUGGUGCUAUUUGGAUCUUUGAGAAUGAUUGAAGUCGAGCACUUGUUUGAGAAAUUACCCAUUUUUGCAAUCAAUUUGUUUCUCAAUUUAGCAACGGGGGAUAACAAUGUCAUUUUGAACGUGUUUUUGAUAGGCAUAGCCAUGAGCUUCAAAGUAAUGCAUAUUAUUAUGCUUGACAGGUUGGAUUUUUUAAAUCUCCAGAUUUUCAAUAUCGUGAAUGAUGAUGACGAUGAAAGAUUUCAAUCAAUUGGCGUUUUGCAAAUAGUCUUCCACUAUUUGGGACUGAUCAAUUUUUGGUUGAACUUUAUAUUCAUUGGAAUCGAUUUUGCUUUAGCAAAGAUUUUAGUAUAUGACGUUUUCCAAGGUAUUAACUCUGUCACCUGUCUUUUGUUUGGAUUCCAAUUUGCGGUUCAGGGCGUCGAGAAUCUCACACAUUUUGCAAAAGUGCUACUAAACUUUUACGAAAUAGUGUUUUUCAAGAUUAGAAAAAACUCAAGAAGAAGGGAGAGGGCACAGAAUUUGAAUAUGGAGUCAAAUGAAAAUGAAAAUGAAAAUGAAAUCGAAGAAGAAGAGGAAAAUGAAAAUGUCGAACCAUCGGGUAAUCUAGGAGAGAGCAAUCAAGUAUUUAUGUUUGAUGCUGAUGACGAUGAUAGCGAAGUUGACAUUGUUUGGGAGAGCAAGCCGUACUAUAGCAAAGCUAUUGACAUUUCGUCUGCUUUAUUGACAGCCAUUGCCUACUUGUGUUUUAUUUACCUUUUGACCUUUCAUUCAGGAAUUUCACUACCUUUAUCAAUGCUUCAUGGUACUUAUUCGUCUCUCAAGAAAGCAUGGGUGCAAACAUCUCAACUACUUGCAUUUAUUGAGUCCUCAAAAAGGUUGGAUUACCAAUUACCAAAUGCCACCAAGGAGGACUUGGAAGAACUUGACAGUUUAUGUAUCAUUUGUCGAGAGGACAUGUAUGCAGUGGAAGAGUACCAGAGAUUAUACCAAAAACCCCAAUCUCCAAGGAGAUGUGCAAAGAAAUUACAGUGCAACCAUAUACUUCAUUUGGGUUGUUUGAAGGAGUGGAUGGAGAGAUCUGAUAGCUGCCCACUAUGUAGAAGAAAGGUCUUUGGUGGGCCACCUCCGACUUUUAAUCCUACCCCUCCAACUUCGGCCCAAGAGGCCCCUCCUCCUCCUCCUCCUCUUCCUCCUCAACAAGAUAUCCAACCAGAACAAGAACCACAACAAGCUGAACUGCCAGAACUGUUCAAUGUGAGUGAGAACUUGAACUCACAAGUACCGGAUUCCUCAAGAGAGAAUAGUGCUAUGUCAACAGGUACCACUCUGGAAACCAAUUCUCAAAGUGCAGAAAACAUGAACAAUACAUCCCAUCCUUAUCAACACCACACAAACAUGUCUAGUUCUGAGCAAGGGUCACUUGACCGUUUAGAACCAACGAGAACAGUUCCAUCAUCACAAUCCACCACAUCUUCCUCUCCAGUAGUAAAUGAUGGGGGUGGAGGUGUUUUCCAAUCCAUAAGAUUGCCCAGAUCAGCACUUCUUCCUCCAGAUUGGGUUUUACUUCCUCUUCAAAGAACCGAGGAAGAAGGGGUUGAUUAUAAGGUCAGCGUUUCUUUACAACAUCAAGUGAAUAUGCAAAUACGAAAACGAGAUAAUGAUGGACAGCUAGAAUGA